AGAGAGAGAUACCUUUGCACGCUUAACAGGACCAGAAUCUUCUUUCUUCGUUCGGUUCCAGGAAAAAACCCAAUUUAUUUGGGGUAAUCGAUGACAAAUUCAAAGAAAGUUUCCAAAAUCUUGAUCAGUUCGUAGCCAUUUUGCUUUUCUCUUGCCAAAGGAAAGAAGAUUAAAUGUUUUGAUUGUUUAUUCAUCGUAUUAAUUCGCAUUCAUCGUUCAGAGCCGAACAGAAUAUUCGACCCGUUGAAAAACCCUAAUAAAGCUCUUGUUUUUAGUCCCCGAAAGCGUGAUCGAUCAUCUUUGUUUGAUACAUUGCUUUCCGUGAUAAUUUGAGGUGGUUCAUUUUUUUUCAUGAUUAGAAAAUCUAUCUUCUUCUGGGUGCUGGAUUUCUGAGUUGUUGAAGUAGAGGCAAGAAGAAAAUUGUGCAAAACCAUUAUUUGUUGCCUAUGGGUCUUGAUGAGGGGCGGCCUAAGUUCUUUCCAGUAGAAGCUCUUUCUGCUGGUCGAUAUUUGUACAAUAUAAGUUCAUUGGUUGACAGUUCGCCCCAUCAUUCUAGACACUGGUACAGACCUGGAAGUGUUGCUCUAGAAGAAACUUUUAGUUGCAUUUCGAAGUUUACUGGCACUGUACUGCAAUGGUGUGCUAGUGGGUCAAAUUCAAAUAUCAGCCACAAAGUAUCUGACUGUUCUCAUGGUUCUUUCCCUAAAAGAUGUGAAUUUUCUCAAACCAGUUAUGUCUUUAGCACUAAGCUUGAUCUCCCAAGAAUUUUCUGCAAUUAUAGAAAAAAUGCACUUCAGAUUCCCGAAUUUUUUAACAAGUUCUCGAGGUUUGCUAUAAGGCAGCUGCUGGGAAGAGCAAAAGAGCUUCAGUUCAUUCCUGCAUUAUCCUUAGCUGGUAAUUUAGUACCACCACUAGACAAUAUAUAUAGGAAUUUUCUCGCUGUUUCACAUGAAAAUGGCAAUGCAGUAGUGGAGAGAUCAUUGAAUCAUAGUCCGUGUGAGGUUGAGCAAAGGAGGUGUGGUGAUCUUCAUUAUGAAAAUUUUAAUUGUCCGGCACAUGCAGUUGAACCAAGAACUGGCAUUGAGUUCCCAACUAUAUUGGAUAACAUCUUUGAAGGGAGUAAUACCAGUUUAAAUAUGGAGGUUCUUGUUGGAACUGGAUCGAAAACAAUGAAAAUUGUUAAAAUAAAAUCUUUGAAGCUCUAUGCUUUUGGUUUUUAUGUUCACCCUUAUGAUGUCUGUAACAAGUUGGCUUCAAAAUAUGCUUCUCUUCCUGAGAAUGAGGUGGACAAGCAACACAAGUUUUUUUCUGAUCUUCUCAGGGAGGACAUAAGCAUGACCAUUAGGCUUGUGGUCAGCUGCAAUGGGAUUAAAAUCAGUACUGUUAGAGAUGCUUUUGAGAAAUCACUUAGAGCCCGAUUAAUUAAGAUGAACCCUGACACUGAUUAUGACUGCUUAAGAAGUUUUGGUUCCCUUUUCUCGGAGGAUAUUCCAAUACAAGCGGGAACAACAAUAAACUUCCAAAGAACAGCUGAUGGACAUCUUGUUACCGAGAUUGAAGGCAAUAAGAUCGGUGCAGUUCAUAGUAGGGAUUUGUGCAGGGCUUUCUUUGACAUGUACAUCGGAGAUGGUCCCGUCUCUGAGCAGACAAAAACGGAGAUUGGACAAAAUGUCGCAAAUAUAAUGAGAAGCUGCUAAUUGCUCCUCCUUUCUAGCAUUUCGAAUGAUUCAGAAUCCAAUAUUGUGUUCCAGACCCUACUUUCGAGUGAGGCAUAUUGGGUUGGUUUGAAGUUUUAUAUUGUGGCAUGUGUUUUCAAGCAGCAAAGUACAAAAGGGCUAUGGUUAAUGUCCAUAGAGUUGAAUGUGUUUCUAUAGUGCGUUUGUUGAACUGUUUCUAUCUCGAAAUAUACAUAGCUUCUCAUGAAAAUAAUGGUAUGAUGUUCUACAGAAUCGACAACGUGGUGAUGCAUAUGUUUGUUAAGUAUAUAAUAUUUAUAUACUACAAAUUAAACUCA